AUGCCUCCCAAGAAACAGGCCAAAGUGGCCAAGCGCAAGCCGUCCAAGCUCAAGAAGGACUCACGGGCGAAUCGGAUCAAGAUUCAUCAGUUGAACGCUAAUAUUGCCGAAAUACAUGAGAUCCAGCUGUUGGUGGGUGGGGCUGGACCCUCCAAGCCCCAGCACGCUUUGGACACCAAAACGUUGAAGGAAGACUUGAAAAAGGACGAACAGAUGAAGGAGCAGAAAAAGUCGGUGAACCGUGACUUGAAGGAGCAGUUGGACCUCCUCACGGUGAUAAUGUCACAUUCAAGACAGGCCUCCAUAACGUCGUCCAUCAUGUCGGCGUCCCACACCCAUCCCCAGAAGAUUGGGCCAUGGAAGUUGGGCAAAACCUUGGGCAGAGGUGCCACAGGAAGGGUUCUCCUCGCUACACAUCAAACGACCGGCCAGAAGGCUGCCGUCAAGGUGGUUUCCAAGUCAGAACUCCAGGACAACGACGGAACCAACCAAAAGACCGCCGACGAAGCUGGUUUACCAUACGGCAUAGAACGUGAAAUUAUCAUCAUGAAAUUGUUGACCCAUCCCAACGUGUUGAGACUCUACGACGUGUGGGAAACUUCCAAGGCCCUUUACUUGGUGUUGGAAUACGUCGAAGGAGGCGAAUUGUUCGACUUGUUGGUGGAAAGGGGCCCCUUACAAGAAGUCGAAGCCAUCAAAUACUUCAGACAAAUCAUACUAGGAACAGCAUACUGUCACGCAUUGGGUAUUUGCCAUCGUGACUUGAAACCCGAGAAUCUUUUGCUAGAUGCCUCCCUCAAUGUCAAGUUGGCCGAUUUUGGUAUGGCUGCUCUCGAAAGCAAUGGCAAGUUACUUGAGACCUCAUGUGGUUCUCCUCAUUAUGCCGCUCCAGAAAUCGUCAGUGGGUUGAAGUACCAUGGUGCUGCAUCUGAUGUUUGGUCAUGCGGUGUCAUUUUGUUUGCACUCUUAACAGGAAGAUUACCAUUCGAUGAUGAAAAUAUAAGAAACUUGUUGUUAAAGGUGCAAGCUGGUAAUUUCGAGAUGCCAGAUGAAAUCAGUGAUGAAGCUAAGCAUUUGAUUGAUCACAUGUUGACUGUGGACCCAAUGCAAAGAAUAUCUACUGAAAAGAUUUUAUCUCACCCACUUUUAAACAAAUAUCCAAUUCCAAAUGAAGAUUUAAUCAGUGUCAAAUCUUUGCCUCAUCCAGAAACAGCAUAUAAAUCCUUGGGUUCAGUGAAAAACAUUGAUAAGCAGAUCUUAUCUAAUUUGUCAAUUUUAUGGCACGAUAGACCCCAACAGGAUAUAAUACAAUGCUUGUUAAAAAAUGGAUCCAAUCCAGAAAAGACGUUUUAUGCAUUGUUGAUGAGAUACAGACACAACCAAAGUGACAGUGGCUCGAAUUCCCCAAGAAAAUCACAUAGUUUCAACACAAAAAGAGGGAUGGUUCGUAGUGGAUCGGUCAGUACGAAGAAUACCCCAAGAAGAAAAAGAACAAGUCAAAUCAGUGCAUCGAGACCUUCAUCUUUCCAAUACAAAAAUGGAGUCACCAACAACAGAGGAUCUAUGAUCAAUGCAUCAAGCGGAAGAUAUUCGGCUUCUUCAAGCGUCCAAAAUUCUCCAAGAAAAUCACCUAGAAAAUCUGGUUAUAAUCAAUCCCCAGGUAGAUCACCAUAUAAAUCUCCAAGCAGAUCAUCCCCACACAAGUCCCCAAGAAAGUACCAACAACAUUAUGAUGAAUCGUCACCUCCACCUGCUAUCCCAAGAAACAUUUACAAUGAGAUUGUAAGUGCACAAAAAAACGGCUCCCUUCAAUCUAUGCCCCCCUCAUUACCCUCCAAAGACAGUCACUUGGCAACCAGGACACACCAAUACAACUAUCAGCAUGAUACAUACCCAGCACAGGCCGAGGAAUUGAACUUCUCACCUGAACACGGUAAAGAAAACCCAAUUGUGGAUGAAAUUAGCUCCCAAGAUUUAUUAACAUAUGCUACCUCUCAGGAGGCAAAGGCCACCGAGCCUACACCUAAUGUGAGUAAGAGAGGUUCAGUGAUCAAGAAAAGCAAUUCGAAGAACCGUUUGUCUAGAAGGAAAUCAUUGAGAGCCUCAAUGACAACGGGUUUGAAGAGAAAUUCUAUUACUAUGAAACUCUUGUCAACAUAUGCCAAGCUUUCAGGAGAAACAGACUGGGAAUAUAUGGACAAGCAAACCAAGAGAACAUCUGCUACUUUUGCUACACUUUGUGAUAAGAUUUUCAAUCAAGAACAAUAUGAUGAAGCUGAUGAGAAUCUCUUGGAUGAGGAAGAGAAGGAAGCCAAAGAAUAUGAAAGAUUGAUGGAGAUUGAAAGAAAGAAGCAUGAGGCAGAAUUAAGAGCCAGAAAGGAAUUGGAGAAGAAACGGAGAAGACAAAAGAGAAAGUCUUUACUCAGCUCUCGUAAGUUGAGUAUUUUGAUCAAGGAUGAUAAUAAUAACAACAGCGAAGUCGAUGUAACCAUGAAUAAUGAAAUCAAUCAACCCAAGAGACAACUGAGAGCAGUUUCUGAAGGCGGUAAAUUGGAUCAAUUGACUUCUGAGGAUCUUGAAAACUUAAAGAGACGCUCAGUGACACAACCAGCUCCAAGAAGAAGACAAACACCUAUUUUGACUAGAAGACCAGUUUCUAGAUUGGAUCCUUUGUGGUCCGCCUAUGAGAACGAAGAAUUGAAUAGAGCCAAGGACGCAUUGGAUGCUGAAUUGAAAGAGUCUAGAAAGCAAAAGAAGAAGGCUAGAGACUCAGUGAUCAAACCUUCGAAGCACAAGAAUAGAGAAUCAAUGGUUCACAGAGACUCGAAGCAUAAGAAUAGAGAAUCAAUGAUUUCGGUCAUGGAUGACAGAAGACUCUCCAGAAGUAGCUACUAUAACAGAAACUCUGGAUAUGAGUUACCUGAGCCCCAAGUUGAUGAUUCUGAUCUCAGUGAAGAGUACAUGUCUGAAAUUAGAAAGUCAAGACUUUUGAAUUCUCAGAUGAAUAUCAAUGCCAAUUUACAAGACUCACCUGGACCAAAGACUUUGAUCAGUAAUGUGAAGAUACCGAAUGUUACCAGAAAGUCAAGACACUUCAGUAACUCCAACAAGAGAUUGUCGGUUUUAUCAAUAUAUUCUACUAAAGAAUCUUACCGUGACUUGCAUUCAGUUUUGAACAGUGGGGAAGAAGAAUCACCUUCAAUUCCAACCAUGAGAACAAGCUUUGCUGACAGAUUGGAUCGGGCAGGACUUCCCGAUGACGAGGACGAAGAACCAUUAGAUGAAGGUUCCAUUUUGGAUUUUGAAGAACAUUUAGCAAACAAAAGAUCUUCUUAUUAUUCUUCUACUACGAAAAGGACUUCAAGAUACUCUACUGGAAGACGUCUCAGUCAAAGACCUAUCUCCCAAUUACCAGACUUGCCUAAUGAUGACGAAGAAGAGGAGCAAGCAGAAGAAGAAGCUAUUGAAGAAACCUUUGUUACUAAGCACGAUUACCCAGUUAGAAGGAAGAGCGGCAGAUCUGAUAAGACUUCCGCCUCUAAGCUUAAAAGCAAGGAAUUUUCUGAAGGUGACACGGAUGUGUUUGAAAACAUCAAGUUGCCAAAUGAAAAAGCGACUACUUUAGCUACUUCUAAGGCUCAAAGCACCAGCUAUCCAAGAGGACACGAGCAACCAAAACACAAGAGUAUGGUGCCUACUCCUCAGUCUAUGUUAGUUCCUGAUGCUGCUAAGUUGGCCAACGAAACUGGGAUUUCGCAACCAUAUCCUAAGGUUCGUAAAAAUAGGGAUGAAGUGGCCCCACCAGCCCCACCACAUACUAUCAUCAAAAAGCCCUUGGAAGAUUCAACUAAUAGACCAGCCCCUGAACAAAAGAGAAACAGAUCAAUUUUCAGAAAAUUGUCAUGGGGAUCUAAGAAGGCACUUGACGAGCCAAAUCAAUUACCAUCUCCCGCAGAUUCUAGAUCUGGUUCCGCUGAGGACAAACCAAAAUCCUCGUUCUUCAGAUGGUUUUCUUCUUCUUCAGCUGCACCUUCUUCUGCUGAUAGUGUCAAUUCAGAAAUCAGAAGGUUCACAACAAUUUUGCCCAAGCCAGAAAUGUCGACUGCCUUAUACGCUUUAUUGAAUUCCUGGUCUAAUUUCGGUAUCAAGAACUUGAAGAAUGAUCAAUUGGCAUACAACAUCACAGGAGGAAUUUCGUCACAAAAUGCUUUCAACUUGAAGAGCUGUAAGUUCCGGAUUAAGAUCAACUCCAGGGACCACAAUCAAAAAUCAGAGAUUGUGUGCGCCAGAGUCAAGGGAUCCAAGGUCACUACCGACACCUUGUUCAAGGAAAUCGAGAAGGUGUUGAGAAAGGAAGGUGUUUUAGAUCAAUGA